AUGCAAGUCAACGCGGAUCUCCGACCGAUUCUCGGUCCUCAACUCGUUCGUUUGGAUCCAAUGAGAGUUAAACAAUUGCAAGAUCCUCUAGUGUACGAAGCGAUUGAUAACCUUGCGAAGCUGUCUGCUCAUUGUCUUCAACUUCGUACACCGUUGACCACUUGUGAGAAAUUGAUUAAUUCUGACUCAACUUUGUAUCUUUCGUGGAAAUAUGAUGAAGAAGAGAAGGUCAGUCGACUCCUCGGAUUUGCCAAAGUUGGAAGAAAGAAGUUGUUCCUUUACGAUGCUCAAAUGCAAACUUAUGAAGGAGAGAUUCUCUGCCUCCUUGACUUCUAUGUCCAUUUCUCAACUCAACGUCAAGGUGUUGGAAAGCAAAUUCUCGACUACAUGUUCGCUCAAGAGCAUACUGAACCAUUCCAACUGGCUCUUGAUAAUCCUUCUGUCACUCUUCUUGGAUUCAUGUCACAAAAAUACGGACUGAAUAGACCAGUCUGGCAGAACACAAACUUCGUCGUUUUCGAUGAGCUCUUCCAGUCGUUGUCUGCUGAAAACGGAAUCGAAAAGCAACCACCAGAUGGUUGGCGUCGACCAAUGACUCCACGUCGCCUGGGAACUGGAAUGACUGAUACUCGUUGGUUGCAACACGCUGUUAGUGGACAUCAAAGCAAGGGAAAUGCAAUGGCUGCUCCAGUUGAUGCUGAUAUGACUCCACAAGGAGCGCUCAGCAAUCGAGCUCAUCAAGCCAAAGCCAGAAAGGCUCAUAUUCUCUCCAGCAAGCCACUUUGGUGA